AUGAAUGGAAACGAUUCUACUCCUUUGCUAAAGAAACAAAAAGUAGCAGCUCAUGAAGAUUCACAAAGUGAUGCCGAAUUCGAUUUUCCAGAAUAUAUGACAAGCAAUGUCAACCAUUCGGCACAACAAGAUACUCUUUACCUAGAUACCAUCCACAGGCCUCUAUUGGACUUUGAUUUCGAGAAAGUAUGCCUGGUGACUCUUUCCAACACCAAUGUUUAUUGCUGUUUGGUUUGCGGAAAGUAUUUCCUGGGAAGAAGCAGAACUUCUCCAUCGUACACCCAUUCGCUCGAGAACAAUCAUCAUGUCUUCAUAAAUCUUCACAACGAAAAGUACUAUGUUCUUCCAGAAAACUAUGAAAUUACAUCAUAUUCGGCCCUAAAAUCGCUAAGAGAUAUCAACAACUUCUUGAAUCCCAAAUACACCAAAUCAGACAUUGAAAAUCUUCCUGUUACUGCUCGAGAUCUCGAUCAUAAAUCCUACGAUGUGGGCUAUGUAGGACUAAACAAUAUAUCAGCCAAUGACUAUUCCAAUGUCGUUAUACAAGCUCUCAGUCAUAUAGUUCCAAUAAGGAAUUGGUACUUGAGUUUAUCUCAUCGACAGGACUUAAACGCAAGAUUGGAAUCCAUGUCUCCGUUGAAUUACAAUUUUGGAAUAUUGGUAAGAAAGCUUUGGUCCAAGUACUUGUACAGAAACCAUGUAUCUCCACACGAAUUUUUACAGUACUUGUCGAGCACCACAAAGAACCAAUUUCUGAUAACUCGGCAAUCGACUCCCAAGAAGUUGUUGGUGUGGUUAUUGAAUAAUUUGCAUCUUCAGCUAAGCAAGCUGAUCAAGAAGUCACUGACUGUACUCAGUGACAAUCUUCGAGGUCGGAUAAAAGUCACUUCAAUGGAAGUUCAUACCAAAGAAGUUAACGAUAAAGUUGAGUUCGAGACCGAUGAAAAUUCUGCAAAGGAGCUGGUACUGUCUUUUUGGGUUUUAACUCUCGAUUUGAUAUCAUCACCGUUGUUCAUGGAUGUUACUAAAAUACAGGAAGUAGCAUUAACCAAGUUAUUGCAGAAGUAUGAUGGUAAACAAACCAGUCAAGUUUCCUCCUCAGAGUUGAGGACAUAUAAGCUUAUUGCGCCGUUGCCACGAUACCUCAUCUUCCAUAUAGACAGAGGACUCGAGAAGGACGGAUCCACGAGAGGAAACCCUACAGUAGUACAGUUUUCUACAACUAUCGAUAUGGCUCCGUAUACUGAAGGAGCUGAUCAGUCGCUUAACUAUAAGUUGCUCAGUACUAUAAAGCGCCAGCUGACUGAAGGUGUCAAAUUGGAUCACAGUGAUGACAAAAACAAUUGGGCUAUAAGUCUUCGUCGUACGGAUGAUUCCUGGGUAUGUAUUAAGGAUUUGGAAUUCAACGCCUGUGAAGGAGGAUUGCUUUUCCUAGAAGAGAACUAUUUACAGAUAUGGGAAAGAUGCUAG